AAUGAAAGUACAUGUCUACCGGAAGGAAAGAGACAUGUUUGCCGGCAAAAUAAUUUUCUUAUUUUUUUCGCUAAAAGUUCUUAUUGAUGGUGCCAAACUAAACACACCUAAAGUUUUAUUGCCAUACUAUGCGUCUGAAGCCUCAAAUACAACUUUAAAAGUUUCUGGAGAGGGAUGUUUUCAAUGGACAUCUUCAAGAAACGACAUUGCAACCAUAAAUCCAGUAUUUCAAACUAAUGGAAAUGAUCAAAAAUGUGCUAAAUCUGCAGUCGUUACAGCAGUCUCCAGGUUCCCACAACGUCGAACGAGCGUUAUUACUGCUAAGGAUGAAGUGUCUGGUAUGGUGCUAACUUGCAACGUUAUUGUCGAUGAUAUAUAUUCCAUUGACAUGGAAACAACUACCAGAGAACUGUACCUUGAUGAUUCCCCACUUCAGUUAAUUAUCACAGCUCAUGAUAACGAAGGAAACACAUUUAGUUCUUUGGAAGGAGUUGAAUUUAAAUGGACCCUACAGCCAGAUGAAGGAUUUGAUAUGGAUCCUAACAAAAUCAUAAGGUUUCUUCCUUUUUCCCAUUCAUCAUACAAAUCAUCAUCAUGGAGCGUUCGACAUUUAGAAGAAACCGGUCGACAAGGUUACACAGUAUUAUUGGAAGGCAUAAAAACAGGAACUGCCAAAGUCAAUACGAAAGUGGUUGCUCCCGCUUUCUCCAAAGUUCAGGCAACAACUAUACGUCUGGUUGUGAUCGCCAACGUUGUACUUGAACCAUCAUUAGCAUUUGUUUUACCAAAAUCGAUAUUGACUUUUAAAGUGUCAGUUUUAAAACAAGGAAGAGCUUAUGACAUGAACGAUGACCAAUUUGAAUUAGAAACUAAGGAGGAAGAUUUUCUAAAAUUGAAUUAUGGAACUUGCUGUUCUUUCACCGCUUUAAAAGUAGGUGAAUCAGAAGUUAUUCUUCAUCAUGUUGGAGUAAAGAUUCGCGAUGGAUUUCAUGAACCUUCUGCAAGAAUCGUCAUUGAAACAGCAAAAUACUUGUCCGUUGUAAUUAUGCCUGAUAAUAUAUGGGUCUUAGAAAAGCAUAGGACAUAUACUAUUGUUGUUCAUGUUUACUGCCAGAAAGAUGAGAAAAUGAUUAUGCCAGAUAAUUAUGAAAUGAGAACCAAUAUUCCCGAAGAAUACUUUGAAGUCUUACAGUCAUCUAAAAAUCAAAGUUACUUCGUUGUUCGAGCGUUGAAAAGUGGUCAUACAUUGAUCAAAGCUCAGAUGGAUAACAUUAUUGAUGGACAUACCCCUUCUACUGUUAGUCGAACUGUGGAAGGAGAACAAUCUGCCACUAUUUUUGAGCCUUUAAGAGUCAAACCAAACGAAGUUUUUUUUCCAUUUUUCCCUGAUGUUCCCGCAGCUUAUAGCUAUAACUUGAAAGCCACUGGAGGAUCAGGAUCGUACACUUGGAAAUCUAACGAUACUUCCGUUUGCACUGUUCAACAAGAUGGAAAACUUGAAUCUGGGAAUGGAGAAACAGCUGUUAUAACAGCCACUGACGAAAGAAAUAGGAAUCAUUUUGCAACUGCAGUCGUUCGGGUUGUACCGCCAGGCGGUGUUCAAUUCAGACCACAUAAAGUUGAAGCAGUAAUCGGAGAGAGUCUUGAAUUGGAUAUUGAUCUUUUAACAAAAGAUAGACAAAGUUUUGCAGUAUGCACCAAAGCGCCUUUUGAGUUUAGAAUAAGAGAGAAAGAUAUAUUUGUGUUAGAUGAGGGAAUAUAUCCAAGUGAACGAGGAUGCGGAAUGAUCAGAGUUAAAGCGCUAAUACAAGGAUAUACAGAAGUAACUGUAGAACUACCAACUCAUGGCAUUAAAGCUGCCAUAACAAUAGCAGCUUACGAACCACUUGCCUUGACCAUGCCGAAUGAUUAUAUUAUUUUAAGUCCAGGAUCUUCAUUUCCUGUUAACUUUGAAAAUGGGCCAAGACCAUGGAUAUUGGAACCAGGUUCUUUUGAUCCAAAAAUAAUAAUUAAUAAUCCGGAAUUUCUUGAUGCUCGCUACGAACCGACUGGUUUCGAAAAGCAUACAGUUAGGGCAGUUUGCCUGAAUUUUGGUGAAAACUCCUUUUCUCUUCAAAUAGGCAAUGCUAAGACUAAAUCAAAUCCUCUACCUGUAAUAUCAUCUUUAAAUUUUACUGUAUUUUGUAGUCCUGUUGCCUCUAUGGAUCUUUAUCCAGUUAUCAAUCGUCCAAGAGAUAUGUCUCAGUGCCCUUUGGAAAGUUUAGCAUCAAAAACUAGGCUGCCCGUAUUCUCAUCUCAUGCUAUCACUUUCAACUUACGAAUCUUUGACUCUCAACGUCGGUUGUUCGAUAACUCUUCUUCUUUAGAUAUCAAAUGGGGGGUUUCUGACAGGAAAAAAGCAAAUUUUCUAAAUGAAUUUCCUCAGAAUGAUACUUCAAAAUCUUUAAGCAUACAGGAUCAACUGGGAGAUUUAACGGCUACUGCGUAUAUAAAAGAAUUUAAACGAAGCUACCUUGAACAUCAUUCAGCUAAAGUUUCUCAAAUUCUCGAUAGAAAAGUUGAGCAAAGCGUUGAAUUAAUUAUUGUUGAACAAGUAAAAGUAGAACCAAAAUACGCUAAAUUGUAUAAUCAUCCCAACAAUGUUCUAAAUAUAAAUAUUAAAGGUGGAUCGAAAUUUUUUGAUGUCAAAGCAAGCCCACAGGAGAUCGUGGACGUGCAUUUAAUCAAAGGAGACCAGCCCCAACUGGAACUUCGACCAUUGAAAGAAGGGCAGACUGUUGUGACAGUGUCUGAUUUGUGCCUUGCAUCAGAUCUUGCUCAGGCUACUAUAACAGUUUCGGACGUAAAUAAUAUAAUUGUGGAUGUUCCUGAUAAAGUUCAGCUACAUCAACAUAUAAAAGCAAUUGUGAGAGUAUUAGACGUGAAUAAUGCAGAGAUUCUAGCAAGUAACUUCGAUCAGAUGAGAUUAAGACCAAAAUUAGGCUCUAACAUAAUUUCUCUUAAGAAAAGUCGGGAUAAACUGAAUCCAAAUGCUAUCGAAAUGGAAUUUCUAGUAACAGGUGAGGCCACAGGAUUUACAUCUCUGGCUUUCGAAGCAAUUUCGCCUAGUGGUGCUGAAUUGUAUAGUAAUCCUAUAACUAUUCAAGUAUUUCCGCCUGUAACUAUCGAUCCAGAAGUUAUUACAAUGAUAGUUCAUUCAUCUUUUCAAGUGAGCAUUUCAGGGGGUCCAAAGCCAAGAGCGGAAAUUAUUAGUAACAUCAACGACGAGAAUGUUGCUAAAACAACAACUGAAGGACUGAUAACUGCCCUGAAAUUAGGAGAAACAAGAUUGAGUGUGAAUUGUUAUAUUAAAUCAAACGGCAAACAAGUACACCUCUCUUCUCAUACUGUGCAAGUUUUCGUGGUUAAAAUCACAUCAUUAAAAUUAUGGACUCCGCUUUCUAGCUUCUACGUCGGAAAUGAAAUGCCCAUAUACCCUAUACCUUUUAGUAAGCAUACUAAAACGGAGCUCAAUGCUAUGACGUUUGGAACGGUUGGAUUGAAGUUUACUUGGAAUAUUAGCGAUUCAAAGGCUGUUGAUCUUCGACAUCUUAUGCAACAAACAGGAAUGAACUAUCAAGUAACGGAUGUAAAUAAUAUGGCUAUGAGAUUAAGAGCUCAUGAAUCUGGUACUGUUUUUGUAACAUUGAAAAUAACUUCAUCUUAUCCGGAUCAACUAGACAAAGAUGAACUGAUCGAUAGAAUAGAAAUAACUGUACGAGAUCGAUUUCGUAUGAUUAUUCCACCAAUGAUAAUAGAUGAAAUACUUAUAACACCAGACACAAAAGCAACUCUAAGAGGUAAAUAUGAAAAUGUGAAAUUUAGUGUUGUCCAACAAACAUCUAAAUUAUCGAUAAAUGACGAUGGAACUCUAAUUUCUGGAAGUGAAACCGGAUUUUGUACCCUGUAUGUGUCCGAUAUGGAUAAUAAUACUCUUACUCAAAUUCUUGUCAGAGUUAAGAAACCAAGCUAUAUUAUGCUCUCGAAUAAGAAUCAAAUGGCGACAAAAAGGCCAAUAUCUGUUGUUCCAAAAGGAGUGAAUUUAAAUUUUACUAUAACUGUACACGACAAUAAUGGCGAUAUCUUCACAUUUGCCGAUAUGAUUGUAAAAACAAGAACAUCCCGGCCUGAUGUUGGUAGAGUAUCUAAGGAUGACUCCCUUGCUAUAGACUUUAGAGCUCUAAAUACUGGUCAUACAUUGUCCGAAAUAUGGUUCGAAAGUAACAAGGAGCGCAUCUCAGAUUAUGUUAGCCUAAAUGUUGGUGAUGUUUUGAUUCCAUCAAAUGCAAAAAUUAUGAUCGGACAAGUUUUGUGCUUUGUAUCACCUUUUAAAAAGAUUAGAGAAGAACUCUGGUUAGCUAAAUCUGAUCAGCAAAGUGUAACUAUUACCAGGGAAGGAAUUGCGACCGGGACAUCUCUAGGAUUAGCAACUAUUAGUUACUUAGUGGACGGAUUGGUAAUGCAGAGCAAUGUUGAGGUCAUGGACAUAAAUAAUGUGGCUUUUACUGGAGGAAGCUCAGACAAUCUUGUUAUUCCAAUAGAGAAAAAUUUUACUAAUGUAGUAACACUGCCCGUAAAACUGAGCUCACAACACUUAAGCAACUCGGAAGUUUUUGACAAAAACUGCGAUAGAGCAAAAUUGCAAUUAACGUAUAUAGAGGAAAAGCUACCUAUAUCUUGUAGCGCAUCAUUGGAAGUCCUUGAAGAGCCCUAUGGUACUCAUCUAGAGGCGAGAGACUUUGUUCACGUUGAAGCUGGUAUAGAUUAUGCAACUAAUUCAUACGUGUGUAGAUUAAGAGCUCUGAGUGUCCGCAAAGCUGAUUCUUCAUGGGCAAAGUUGCAGGCUAAAAUUUUUGUUGAGGCUAGUGUAGAAAAUCAAUUAAGCUGUAUAACUCCUCUGAGCCUACGACUACCGAUAUACGUAAACGUAGAGCGAAUAACUAUAGCUACCGAUGGAACAGAAUCGCUGUUUUUCGUUGUGGCUACUUCUACCGUUUUAGACGAAGUAAGCAUAAAAGUAGCCAAUGAAAAACUUUUGACCAUUAAAGAGCAAGUUAAGGAUAGUAAAAACGGAGAACUAAAAGUUUACGUAGCUGUAAAAUGUAUUCACUGUCUGUCAAGAAUUGUUGAAGAGGAAUUUGCUAGCGAUAUUCAUAUUGAUAGUCCUCUGACGAAAGAGAGCGUUACAGUCAAAGUUUUCGUCAAAAAAUCAUACGAACCGAGAGAAGAACAUAUAUCAAACAUAUUCCCAUCGAUGUCUACGACAAGUCUGCUCAUUGCACUAAUUCUCGUUCUUUGCAUUUUCAUAAUUCUUGCUCUGCGUAGUACGAACAGUGUUGAAGAUAAAAUGAGACAACCUUCAAUGAGCAACCAAAUGAAUAAUAGUACAAAUGGUUCCUCAUUAUCUCCUACUCGUGCUCCUACACCAUUUUUGUGGAGUGCAGCAAAGUUAUCAUCACCUCCCUCUCCAGCUAAUGCAUAUUCUCCAAUGAGCCCGACGAGAUUCUCCCCUCCUGACAAUUUGCGCCAUCGUAACUAUUCAUUAAACACGUCUAAUUCACGUUAA